UCCAGCAGCUCCCUUCAGCCGCUCCUCUCUGAGAUUGGAUGAUAACAUGCAUCUUAUUGGACAGCAGGGCUCUGGAGUCAGGUGAUGCAGGGGCAGCCACUACCUCUAUUUCCUCUCUUUGAGGAGAAAUCCCUGGUCUCUCAACCCGGAUGCUAAACCACAGCUAUCCAUAAUUUUGCAGCGCUGUAGGCAGAUCAAGGAGGCGGAAAUAUUUCAGUAGGCUACCCUUGAAGCGGACAGCUCUCCCCCGGAUCCUCACGCCUCGGACCGCCCGGCUCCGCAUCCGAGCCUGGGGGGCACUGCACGGAUCAUAAUUCAUACCUAAAACAGGGACAAGUGUAGCAGCCACACUCAAGGCAAACACGUCCCUGCUCUUGCAAGAUCGUGACCACUUGCACGCCACUAGCCGUAGUGGAAAGGGGGAGACAGAGGGAGGAAAAAGAAAGGAGGAGAAGAGCAUCACUAUCCGGAGAGAGAUGGCGGAGUGCGGGCGGAAGGCGCUGUCUCUCCUGGAAGCGGCCCGCUCCCGGUACGAGAGCCUGCAGAUAUCCGACGACGUGUUUGGCGAGUCCGGGGACGACAGCAGUGACAAUCCCUUUUACAGCACCUCCGGAGACUCCGACUCCGACAACUACAUAGCGGAGGUGGGCGAGGAGGAGCAGCCGCAGCCCCAGCAGCAGCAGCAGCAGCAGCAGAACCACCUCCAGAAACGGGGCGAUAAGGAGAGCGGCGGACACCGCGGGGGAUUAGGAGGUGGUGGCAGCGGGAACAGCGGAGCCGGUCCUCCGGGCGCUCUGACCCGGAGUCAGGCAGAGGAGGAGGGAUGGACGGGGACUCUGCAGGAUGUCACCGUGCCGCCGUUCAAAGACACAUAUGGCCCUGCUCAGAAGAUGCCGGCCACCGCCACAGCCUUGGACUUCUUCCAGCUCUUCGUCCCUGACAAUUGCAUCCAGAACAUGGUCACACAGACCAACAUGUAUGCCAAGAAGUUCCAGGAACGCUUUGGGUCGGACGAAGGCUGGCGCCCCGUCACAGCGAAGGAGAUGAAGGCCUUCCUGGGCUUUGUCACCUCCACCAGCGUGCAGCGCUGCGAGUCCGUGCUCAGCAUCUGGAGCUCGGGCUUCUUCAGCAACCGGAGCAUCGCACUGAAGAUGAGCCAGGCGCGCUUUGAAAAGAUCCUCAAGUAUUUCCACAUUGUGGCUUUCCGGCCGUCACAGGGAAGCAACCAGGGCCUGUACAAGAUCCAGCCCUUCCUGGACUUGCUGCAGCAGUCGUUCAGCUGCACCUUCAGACCUUCACAGACGCAGGUUCUUCACGAGCCCUUGAUAGACGAGGAUCCGGUGUUCAUCACCACCUGUACGGAAAGAGAGCUGAGGAAGAGGAAGAAGAGGAAGUUCAGCCUCUGGGUACGACAGUGUACCUCCACCGGAUUCAUCUGUCAGAUCUCCGUCCAUCUGAAGGAGGGCACAGAUGGCCUGGCCGCCUUGAAGAACAAGCCUCAGCUCCACAGCCUCGUGGCCAAGCAGCUCUGCCAGAACAUCUCUGGCAAGAACACCAUCAUCUUCACCGGGCCGUCCAUAACAAGCCUCGGCCUCUUCACAGAAUUCAGCAAACAAGAUAUCUACUGUUGUGGUCUGCUGAGCACCAGGAAGAGCGACUGUACAGGCUUACCACAAAGCAUGCUGGUCUGCAGCUCCACGCCAGCGCAGCGCGGCCAAUCACGAGUGAUGAUGAAAGGCAGCAUGUCACUGAUCAGCUGGUACAACAAGGGACACUUCAGGUUCCUCACCAACGGUUAUUCCCCAACAAAACAAGGUAUCAUCAUUAAGAGGAAAAGCGGGGAGAUCCCAUGUCCCUUGGCUGUCGAGGCCUUCGCGGCGCACCUCAGCUACAUCUGCAAAUACGACGACAAGUACAGCAAGUACUUUAUCUUUCACAAGCCCAACAAGACCUGGCAGCAGGUGUUCUGGUUGAGCAUCAGCAUCGCCAUCAACAACGCGUACAUCCUCUACAAGAUGUCUGACGCCUACACAGUCAAGCGGUACAGCCGGGUGCAGUUUGGAGAAAGACUGGUCAAAGAGCUGCUGGAUUUAGACGACUGCUCCCCCACACAGUGAGGAGGAGAAGGAAGAGGAGGACAGCCAGAGCGCCAAACACAACACACACACAAACACACACACACACAAACACAAGCCCCACAGAUGUACACUUCAUUCCGGUUGUACAGCAGUGCAGUCUGUGUGUAUGUGAUGAUACUGAAGCAGUGCCAAGCCUGUGUUUCUCUUCCUCUCGUUGUUUUCCAUGGUGCUGUAAAUAUUCAUGAACACACGACUGCACUCCACGCGGUAGAGAAUCUCGAGCCAAGGGACUCGUCACAUGCCUCAGCUGCAACAUCCAACCACAUAGAUGUGCUAAGGAGUCGUCAGCAGGAGCUAUUUCACAAGCAGGCGGGAACAAUGAAGCCGAGGACGAAUUCACCGUUAAACGAUGUCAGCUUCAAGUCUCGACCUUUAUCGAAGAGUGAAGGUAUUGACAUCAGCCUGACUCUCCCGUGAGAGUGUUUCAACGUGUACUCUUCGGGCCAAAAGGCGACGAGUAGCUCGAUAUCUCCACGCUGCAAAAACACCUGCGAGCCUGAAACACAAGCUUAGUAAAAGCAGGACAACCAGGUGUGUUCACACGCUGCACGCAUAACCAUAUUGUUUGGUGUGAAAAUUAUUCUUGCUCCGUGUGUGUUUGUGACCCAGAUGUGUCGUGCUGCUGCAUACUGUAUGCAGUAGAGGAAGACACACACACAGCAGUGUGCCACCAACUCACAGCCUCCCAAUUCAAUUGAGCCAAGAAAGGUUAAAAAAAAAAACAUCUUUUUUUUUUAAAGCUCCUCAAAACGGUAAAUAUUCAUGAUUUAAAAAAGUAAAAAUUUGAAAUUUGGAAGGGGAAACAUUCUUAGGAUUUAUUUAUUAAGACUUAAGCAAAAUAUUUAAAACUCUUUGAAUGACAACCUGAAGUAACAACCACACCACAGAUUAAUCUGAAUUCAAGUAUUUAAUAAUUAUGAGAAGAGCUCAGACAAAAACAUACAUUUUGCGUGGGAAAUAACGAAAAAAACAAAAUCAAACAAUAAAUGCCCAAUGCCAAAGGCAGAUGAACUCAUCCCUAUCUGUCUAUUCUCACAGUUACCUAUUAGAACUAUACACCACAGUUAUCCUCUCCUGUAUUUAACUGCUUUUCAGGGCACAACAAGUUCAAAGUAUCCUUGAUUGAAAGUAAACAAUCUUGUGGGAAUGAUGGCAGGGGAUUGGAAAAAUAUUGCUCAGCUAGAUUUAGUACAGGAAGAAAAAAACCUCCUCACUGGUGGCUUAUGAGAUGUCCCAAAAUGUUGCAACACAUUUUAAUGUAGACGAGGCUUUGGGGCCCAAAUCUCAUCAGGAAGCCCAAAAAAGUGACACAUCAUUUCACAACUGGAUUAUUUCUAUUAUUGAGAACUUUUGCCAGAAAUAAUACCUGUGGAAAUUACCAUCUAUUAUACAUGUGUUUAAGAAUCACAUAAUGUCAUCUCGCCUGAAAUUGCAAAUGUCUCGCCAAGUAACACAUUUCGGCCACCUGUCGCCAAGCCGAUGGAGGUGUGAGUGAAGAGGCGUUAAUCUGAUGAAAACGCUCCGUCUUCCCCCCACACUGCUGUCUGUAGCUUCAACAUGCUAGUGUCGUGCUGGAAUCCCAUCACGUUAUUUUAAGUGAAAGGUUUUGAUGUGUGCUUGCUCGAUCCGCAUGGCGCAAUGUGUGAAUCCAUAUCACAGGACGAUGGCGGUGGUCUUCACGCUGGCAGGACUCGUGCACUUUCUCUCAUCACUUUGAGGAGCGUUGUUAAAUUAGCAACGCGUUGGCUAGAUAAUCCUUUUAGCUUUGAACCCAAUGACACUGUUCUCGGAAAAAAAAAUAUGGGAAUAAAUUAAUAAAUUCUGUAAAUUUAGGUAGAUAAAUUAAAUGGAUUGUGUUAAAAAAAAUGUCAAUGAAUUCAAAUGGAAAAGUAAUGACUAUAACCAAAACAGAAAAUAUGUCCGAUAGAUUUAGAGUACAAGGUAUGUGUAUAUUUUGUUUACAAAUUGCUGCACUAAGUGUGUGACCAUAAUCACUUUGUCACUGAGACUCAAGAUUGUAAUUUUAUUACUUUUUCACUAAUCCAAAGCAUUGUUGCUGUCAUUGUGGCGAAAUGUGUUUCAUUAAUGUUUAUCUCAAAGUCGCAAUGUCAACACCCUGUCACGUUACAUAGUCAACUUGUCAUUUUAAUGUGGAAUAUUGACUACACGCACAUUUGAUGUGAAUUUAAUUGGGUCGUAAACUGUCGUCAUUUGAAAUAUACGCGAGAUAUACAAGUGUUUUGUCCAGUCGUGCCCGACUGUGCUGUGAUCGACGGAUGAUUCUGUGAUAGCAAUGUUCUUCAUACGCCGUGACGAGAGAAGAGACUGCAUUUAAAGAUGGAUCACGUUGUUAAAUCAUACUCCUUCAGCAGCUAGCUUGCUAAUUCCACCAUGGGAGAUGUUUUCCUCCAGAAAUCUCUUCUGGCAACAUACCUAUUUGUUUAGGUUUAGGAAAGGAUGAUGGUUUGGGUUUAACCCUCCUGUUGCCUUAGGGUCAUUUUGACCCGAUUAAAUAUUUUACCCUCCCCCCGCCUUUGGGUCAUUUUGACCCGAUUCAAUGUUUCACCCUCCUGUUACCUUUAUAUUGAUUAACAUAUUUUACCCUUUGGGUUCAAUUUGACACCAGCAAUUAAAACCUCCAGAAAAUUAUUAGAAUUAAUAUUGUUUUCCAAGUUUAAGUGUGAGGCACUUUAUGUUUGUUUGUUGACUACCGAAAGAACACCGACAUUAAACAUUGAAUGGGGUCAAAUUAAUCCUAAGGCGGCAGGAGGGUGUAAUAUUGAUUCGGGUCAAAUUGACCCUAAGGCAACACAAGGGUUAAAUAAAGCCUUUCUGGAGGACAGCCCUGAGAGCAAACUUCUCCUGUGAGCAAAAUAAACCAAACAGCCAAUCACAGCACAGACUUGGCGAAACACCCUUGUAAAAAAAAAAACACACACACACUUGUGAUCUCAUAGUGUAUUGCCACACCCUGGAGUGUAGCAGCAAGGUGAGAUGGUAACCUACUGGAGGUAAAAAUACUCCACAUUUUAAACUGGUGGUGGGUUGCUUUCAGUUUACGUCAACAUUUAACAACAGGGGGGAAUUCAUCUUCUAAAGGGCGGUGGAGCCGAUUUAUCCUCCUCCACCUCGGAAGGCCCUGAUGCACGUCGUGGUAAAAGGCAUCGAUGCAAUCAUCGCUGAAGCAGAAAUGCACGGGGCAGGUUGAGAAUAAUUUAAAUCCAGCUGUUCGAAACAAAAUAACCUUCAGACAGCGUCACAAAAUGGCGAAGGCCCAUCUGUCACACAAACUCCUUGACAUGUGAGGCGUCCAUCGAGGCUUUCUGUACUGCUUAUAUCGCUCGGCUCGGAGCAAAAAUAAGGAGGAGUUAUGCACCAAUGACUGUGCGAGGCAAUGGUUACUUGGCAACACAUGAGUGAGAGGAAGGAAAGGGAAAUAUUGUCAAGGAUUUCUGCCCAUAUUAUAAAUUUGCUAUCACCCCAACUGUUGACUGAGAGCUGAGCGUCUUCACGUCGUCUCCUGUUUACCAUCAAUCAGAAGAGAAGGGCGGAGGAUCCUGCCCCGUAAUGUUUUGUUUUUCAUUUAGUUCAGAGGGUUGCGUUGUAGAGCAUAUAGAUCAGACAUGGCUUCAUUUUGAACUCUCAGGUUGAUACCUGAAGUGAUUAUUCUGUCCAGACGGCUCUAUUGAUCGGCCAUGAAUCAGAUAUUUCAAUAGUGCCUUUUCCGUAACUUUCUCCCCUCAUUGCGGAGGUUCAGUGUUGAUGUCGUGAAAUAGAGUUGAUAUGAAUGAUUAGAACAGAUUAGAUUUUUUUUAUGAAUAUGGUCAAAAUCCUGUCGUGCAUGGUGUGAAAUAUAGAAACUCUAGAAAUAAAUAUUUCACUUCCACAGUUUUAGUAGCUGAACAUGUUUUAUGCAGCCCUAUGCCCUUGUUGCUGUAAUGUUUCAACUCAAGUCAUAUUUCACAUAAUUGGUGCCACUGGAGUCAAACUACAUAUGAUAUUUUAACACAUUUCAAAAAUACAAUUGUCCAAAUAAUACCUAUUUAUAAAUUGGGUAAUUUUAAGCAGUACAGAAAGCCUCGAAUGUUUCAUUAAAAAUCCUAAUGAUGAACGAAGAAAUGAUCCCAGUAAUGGAUUUUUUUUGUUUACGUGGGUUUAUAGGAAACUAUAGGUUAAACUAUCACCACCAAUAUAAUUAUUUUGAUGGGUCUUUUUCUCUUCAUUUGCUACCUCGUCUCCUUUUACAAAGAGCCAAGCAGUCUAACAUUUGUUUCACAUUGUUCAUUUGUUUAUGUCAGAUGUGCAAAUCGGAGUCAACAAAGACUGACGGGAAGGAGCAAAGUGCCGCCAUGACAGAAAUAUUUGUCUUUCAUCCAGAUUUGUCAGUCAGAAGAUUACCCCGAAAUCGCUUGUCAAAAACUUGCAAAAAGAUGCCAUGAAAUGAAUCACCCUCACUGUGCAAUGCAGAUAGUUGUGGUUUGCUGUAUGUGCCAGUUUGCCAUCUCUGUACAGUCUGUCUGUGUGUGUAACCGGAGAGUGAGACAGUUGUCAGUAAAGAUAUUAAAUAAUCGGAGUCACUAUCUGUGGAUGCGAUGAAAAUAAUUUGAAUGGCUGACCUCAGGGCUUCAUAACUAACUGCUGUACAAUAUAUUCACUUAUUGAAAUAACAUACACUAAAUGGACUUCUAUAACCGUAUCAGGUGCUUUCAAACCACUGUACAAGUAAAAGUAGAAUUAGAUGUGUUGUUGUUUUUGGUGUUGGGAGCUCUGCAACCAAACAACAGACACAAAGGUUGUUUCACGUUUCUUCGGAUAAAAUGUCAGAAAUAUUCCUGUUACCGGGCACCCAAAGCAAACUCUAACUGUUCAAGUGGUCGAACUAUUUCCCUUCAUAUGAAGCUGUGUGACGCCGGCUGAAGUGUUAUCUAGUUUCACAGAAGUGCAGAAGGAUGUGUGUACGUGCAUGCAACGUUGGGUGGAAUAUGUGUAAAAUAAAUGUGUACGUUGGACCAAACUUUU